UGCUGACAGGCAGCAGAAGUGCUUUAGUUUAGUGCAGCUAGCUUGUGCAGCAGUUUCAUGCGAGCGGUGGAUAAACCGACUGAAACCUGACGGCAGCGGAGAUGAAAGGUGUGCGUCUCCCCCGGAAGUAGAAGCUAUGGAUGGAGAAACCGGAAAGGCGACCGCGUCCUGGGAAAGCGGUUUGCUGGCUCCUGUGGAUCGGCUUCGCUUGGACAGGGCGGACAGCCCAACCCCGGGUCUGGUGGAGGGAACCGAGCCAGGUGCUGGUCAGAAGAGUGCUAUUUUUUACCAUGCUCAAUCCUAUGAGGACCUGACUGCUGAGGCUGAGAAAGAAGCCCAGAGGGCCUCGGAACCACAUGGUUCAGAGGGACACGAUGGCGAGGAGUUCAGCACGUUGGUGGGAAAGAAAUCCACUGAAGAGCGGCUCAACAGUGACACCUCAUCUGAGAGCAGAGGUAAAGAGGAAGACGUAUCCAGUGAAGCGUGGAGGAGUCACAAAAAACACGUGUUUGUGUUGAGCGAAGCCGGAAAGCCGAUUUACACCCGCUAUGGUACGGAGGAGGCUCUGUCCAGCACAAUGGGGGUCAUGAUGGCUUUGGUGUCCUUCGUAGAGGCAGAGAAAAACAUCAUCCGUUCCAUCCAUGCUGAUGGUUGUAAGGUGGUUUUCCUUACCAAAAGUCCGCUGGUUCUGGUGGGUGUGUCUAAGACCGGUCAGUCAGAGAAGGAGCUGCUCCGGGAACUUCAGUACAUCUACUACCAGAUCGUCAGCCUACUCACUCUCACCCAGCUCAACCACAUCUUUCAGCACAAGCAGAACUACGACCUGCGCCGCCUACUCGCUGGCUCAGAGUACCUUACAGACAACCUGCUGCGCCGACUGGAGCGAGACCCAGGCCUGCUGCUCAGCGCUGUCACCUGCCUGCCUCUGGCCAGCUCUGCCAGGGACGUGGUCUCAUCCAGCCUCCAGGCAGCCAAAGCCAAGAACCUGGUGUUCUCCAUCCUUCUGGCAGGGGACCGCCUGGUUACUCUGGUCAGGAAGAAGGACCAGUUCCUGCAUCACAUAGACUUGCAUCUGGUCUUUAACCUCGUCGGCUCUUCUUCAUCCUUCCGGGAGGGCGAGGGCUGGACGCCAAUCUGCCUUCCAAAGUUCAAUACAGCUGGAUUUUUUCACGCUCACAUUUCAUACCUGGAGCCUGCCUCUGAGCUCUGCCUCAUCCUGGUCUCAACUGACAGAGAGGACUUCUUUAACAUGUCUGAGUGUAAGCAGCGCUUCAUGGAGAGGCUGAGUAAACGUAGCGCCUACCAGGCCAUGAAGGAGGCGCUCAAAUGCCCAAACUACUCCGUGGCCCAGGUUGGAAUCCCAGAACUCAGACACUUCCUGUACAAAUCAAAAAGCUCAGGCUUGUACACCAGCCCAGAGUUUCCUGAGGUGUACCAGUCUGAUGAGGAGCAGGAGAGGCUGAUGGGACUCUACCAGGACCUUCACAGCUGCUUGCACCAUCCAACCAGGCCGCUCCGCUCCUUCUACCGCUGCAGUGAAGCUGAAAACCUGCUAGCCUGGGUGACAAGUGGCUUCGAGCUCUACCUCUGCUUCAGCCCAAUGUCGACUAAGGCCUUGGCAGUCUCUGCUGUCAACAAACUUCUGAAGUGGAUCAGGAAGGAGGAGGAUCGCCUUUUUAUUCUCAGUCCGCUCACUUAUUGAGCCUUCAAUUCUGAUGAUUAGAACUUUAGAUGAUUAGAACUUUGUUUACUCUGUCCAGCUUUUUUCCAAUGACCUCAUGGGACGAUGAACCUGCACUCAUCUCACUGUGACAACAGAUUGUCAAAGAUUUGCAUUUCAUGAUUCUUGGACCCACUAAUUCCUUAUUUUGUUACUUUAUGGGCUCUUCAAUAGAGGGUUAAUUAAAGCAGUAUUUUACCUGGAAAAAUUUUAAAUAGUUUUAUUUAAAAAAACAAGAGAUUGAUGCAGUCGCCUCAGCUUAGACAGAAACAUGUAGUUUGUGCUAUUGAAGUUCUUAAUAAAGACUUGUUUUACUAACAUAGCUAUCAUGCUUCUAAGAAAAACACUGUUUUUUUAAAGCUAUUAUAUUUCUUAUGAAUUUAAAGUGAAAAUAUGUCUUACUAACUCCCAAACUGCAGGAGCAUGUUCUACUCUCUUUGAAGACCGACUAGCAAAAACCUGUCGAGCCUUGUCGAUUCUAGGAAACACUGCUGCUUUCCCUCUAUGCACUUCUAUUCCUUAAAGAGACACUCCAUAAAAGAGACUGGAGCUAUUCACUGUGCUUUUAAGUUUGCGUCGUUUAUCUUGAUAUAAACCGUUUAUCUUCUAGUGUCCAAAUGCAUGAGUUUCUCCAGCUAAUGUGCCAUUUUAUUUCUUUAACUUGAAAACUACCUUUUGAUGCAUUUUUCAGACCAAACGGGUGAUCUGUGUUUCCCUGAAUUUUGUUUUGCAACAUUUGCCUCCCCUAAUCAUGCCUUAAAUAAUUGGUAUCGUGCAAAGCUGCAUAUUUAUAGCAGGUGCAUUUUACGAAUAAA